UGGGACUUCGCAAGAGAUUUAAGAGAUUCAUUGUAGACUGUUAAAGUGUAUGGAGGAUGGCGAAGUGUAAAACAGACUGCAUCGAAAGGCCUCUCUCUCUGGCCUUUGAAAAACUCGGCCGUGUUGUUGGUAAACAUCCAUGUGUGUUUAUUUUAUUAGCUUUAUAUGUGGCUGCUGCCCUUGGAGUCGGUUUCAUCUUUCUUCAGGACAGGGAGGCCAAUGAUAUUGAAGACCAGUUUACGCCUGUCAAUGGACCUGCUAAGCUGGAAAGGGCGAUUGUGGUGGAAAAUUUCCCGCAAUCUGAGGAGUUUUCUCAGCUACGCCUUUCGUCUGAAGGCACGUAUGCCUCUUUGAUCAUCACAGACUUGCGAGGAGAAAAUAUUUUAACUGAAGCAGCUUUUAAUGACAUUAUAGAGCUAGAUGGACGAGUGAAAAAUAUAACGUCAGGAAACACUUUUGAAAACAUCUGUGCCAAAACAAAAGGAAGGUGCAUGUCAAAUGCAAUUUUAGACAUUAUAAAUUACAAUGCUGCUGAAAUUAUUUCUUUAAAUAUAAAAUAUCCAAUGAAUAAUGACAUGUUUUUGGGAACAACCAUUGGUGGCGUAGAGCUAAAGCCGGAUAGUUCAGAGCUGACCAGUGCAAAAGCGGUCCGGCUCUUUUAUUUCUUAGAUGAGAAGAAGACAAAGGAAAACCUUUACUGGCUUGAUGGAUUUCUAAAACUCCUCUCAAACUAUAAAGAACAGAAAACGGUCCAUGUGUCUUACUUUACAUCAAUAUCAAGGCAGAAUGAGUUCGAGACCAAUUCAGACUCUGUGAUCCCCCUCUUCGCUGCUACAUAUUUCUUGGCCAUUAAUAUUUCAAUUCUGUCUUGUCUGAGGUUGGACUGUGUCAGGACGAAGGUGUGGGUGGCUGCGUUCGGUGUGGUCUCCGCUGGGAUGGCUGUGUUGGCCAGCUUUGGUCUGCUGCUGUUCUGUGGGAUGCCGUUUGCCAUGACUGUGGCCACAGCCCCCUUUCUGAUUCUGGGUGUUGGUGUUGAUGACAUGUUCAUUAUGAUCUCCUGCUGGCAGAAGACUGAAGUUCAUAAAGACGUUGAGCUUCGUUUAGCAGAAACGUACAAAGAGGCCGGCGUGUCCAUCACUAUCACCACACUGACAGAUGUGCUGGCUUUCUACAUUGGUCUCAUGACGCCCUUCCGCUCAGUUCAGUCCUUCUGCAUGUACACCAGCACAGCUCUUCUGUUCUGCUACCUCUUCAACAUCACCUUCUUUGGCGCCUGUCUCGCACUGAAUUGUAGGAGAGAGAAAGGCAACAGACACUGGCUGACCUGCAUGAAAGUCCCAGAAGCCACUGGUGAUGGUGGAGGCUGUUGUGUUGGUGGGGCUUAUGAUAAAAACACACAUAAGGAAUUUGAAAUGCCAAUGGAUUCAUUCUUUAAGAACUAUUACGGGCCUUUCUUAACAAGAGUGUGGGUUAAGGCGCUCGUGUGUCUGGUCUAUGCCGGGUAUUUGGCAGUCAGUAUCUAUGGAUGCUUCCAGAUGCAGGAAGGUCUAGAUCUGAAGCAUUUAGCAACAGAUGGUUCAUAUGUUGGUAGUUACUAUGAUCAAGAAGAUGAAUUCUUCUCUGCCUUUGGUCCCAAUGUCAUGUUAGUUAUAAAGGAUGAAGACUUUCAGUACUGGAACUCAACUGCUCGCAAAAGUCUUGAUUUGUGUUUGGAAAAUUUCCAAAAUCUGACAGUGGCAGAUUCAGGCAUUUCACCGAUUUCUUGGCUAAAUGCAUAUGUGGAGGCACAGAACGCAGGUUUAAAUAUAGACAAUGAAACACAAUUCAAAAGCCAUUUAACUGCAUUUCUUAAUCUGUCUGGUUUUAGUCAAGAUGUUAAUUUCACUGACAAUCAAAUUCAUGCAUCACGUAUGUUCAUUCAGACUGUGAACAUCCGCACUGCGAUCGAUGAGAAGAACAUGCUGGAUGCGUUUAGAGAAAUCGCAGAAAAAUGUGGGAAGUUGCAGACACCCGUUGAUCUGAUAGUGUAUCACCCUGCAUUCAUCUAUUUCGACCAAUAUGCCGUCAUCAUCACCAAUACAAUCCAAAACUUAGUAGUUGCUACAUGUGCAAUGUUAGUCAUUUCACUCCUGUUGAUCCCAAACCCUCUUUGCUCUCUCUGGGUGACGUUUGCCAUCGCAUCUGUCAUUGUGGGAGUGGCCGGUUUCAUGGCAUUAUGGGAUGUUAGUUUAGACUCUGUGUCUAUGAUUAAUCUCGUUAUUUGUAUCGGGUUUUCUGUCGACUUCUCUGCUCACAUUUCCUAUGCUUAUGUGUCAAGUGAAAAGUCCUCAACCAAUGAGAAAGCCAUGGAUGCCAUCAAUAAACUGGGCUAUCCGAUCGUUCAGGGUGCCGUGUCCACCAUAGCAGGUGUGGUGGUGCUCGCGGCUGCUACAAGCUACAUCUUCAGGACCUUCUUCAAAAUCAUGUUCUUAGUCAUUCUGUUUGGGGCCGCCCAUGGCAUCGUAUUCAUACCGGUGUUCCUAACCUUCCUUGGCACUUGUAGAAACAGUCAUGAAAAAAACAAACAAAAUCCUCCACAGCGAGUAAAUGCAGUUGUGAUUCAGAAUCAAUGGUCUGAUGAUCCUGACUGUUACUGAGAUGACUUUUCUGAAAAAUUUCACCUGUAGAAUUUAUUUAUCAAGGUUUUCUGAAUAUCCUAUUGUGCUCUAGUUUCCCUGUGAUUUUUCCCAGUUUACUGCCUGAGAAAGUGCGAUAGGUACCGUGACUCUGCAUUGGACAAAUGGUUUACAAAAUGGGUGGAUGAACAUGUUUCUUUUUGUUUGAGCUUAGCUCUUUAUGAUACUUUGAUUUGACUUUGGAAGUAAAUAGCAAUCACUCUGUUCUGUUCUUAUGUAUAGGCUACACUGCAUCCGACAUGUAUUUAUAUUGUAAUCAAGAUUACUCUUUUUUUUUGUCAUGAAUAUUAUUUUCAGUGCAGUUCUGUUUAUUAAGCACAGCUAUUUAUUUUAAUACAUCAAUGCAAACACAACUUUGCAUUUUAGUCCACUUAAUUAAUUUCGAUUGAUUAAACCACAUUACUGAACAUUUGGAAUGUUAUGUUUGCCAUUAAAAGAUCUUGAUCUCAACAUAAAUGUCACUGAAGUGAAUUAGUGAGUAAUUUAUGUUAAUAAUAUAUGAAAACAACCUCCCCAGAUAGCAAACUGACAUUGAAUCAACGUGGAAAUAUGACAUCGAAAC